CAGCGACGCGUGUUUCUGACGUCAUUGUCACAUCCCAAUGUCGUUAGCUUUUUACCGAAACAAGGAUGUGGAUACAAACAAAAUUGGGAGGUUGUAGCAAGUUUUUACCAUGUGAGGUAAAGCUUACCCAGACACUGGUGAACCGUGUUAAUUUAUGAUGCUUUUGUUUCUGUCCCUGUUAGUCGCCUGUGUGCCACUAGGGGGCGGCACAACUCCAAUCAGUUGCUACAACGACCAAGGAGAUGCAGUUGAUUGGUUUUAUUUGUACAAGCUGCCAAAAGAACAUGGAACAAAAUCUCCUAAAGAGGGUGAGUUGUACUUAUUGCUGGAAAAAGGGAGUGAAGGAUGGACCGAGGGGAAGGUGACAGUGAAUGACUCACUGGGAGCUCUGGGCCGGACGGUCGGACAGCUGUACUCGCAGGAAAAGAACUCGGAGAUGGCGUACGUCCUGUACAACGACCAGCAGCCUCCGGAGGAGCUUGGUGGUACAGGGGGGGAUAACGGUGAAAGCCAUGGAGGACACACCAAAGGUGUUGUGCUGCUGGAUAAAAAUCAGGGCUUCUGGUUGGUCCACAGCACCCCUCACUUCCCCCCCGAGCAGCAGGGAGGACAGUAUUACUAUCCCAGCAGUGGUGUGAACAACGGACAGAACUUCAUCUGCGUUACCUACCCGCUCGACCGUUUCCAGACCAUCGGAGAGCAGCUGCAGAUUAAUCAGCCUAAUGUGUACAACUGUGACGUCCCGGAGUCGCUGGCGUCCUUGGUGCCUGCGCUAGCCACCCUAUGCAGCAAAAAUCGUCAGCAUGGGCGAAUCUCCCCACACAUGAGGGCUGAAUCCAACCGCAGCGUGACCCUGACCUCCAAGGAUGGCACUGACUUCAUCAGCUUUGCUAAAGGAGCGUCAUUCGACGAUGACCUGUAUCACUCGUGGGUGGCCCCUACCCUCCAGUCAGACCUCCUGGUCCAGUUCUGGGUUCGCUCCACGGGCAUCCUCCCCUCUGACUGCUCACGGGGCUGGAAGGUCCUGGACAUCACGCUCAUCAACCCGGGGCAGACCUUCACCUUCAAGGCCACCCAGGACCACUCCAAGUGGGCGGUCAGCCCCAAGGCGGCAAGCCGGGGGGCCAAGGGAGGCUGGGUGUGUGUGGGGGACAUAAACAGGAACGAGGCGGAGGAGAGGCGUGGCGGAGGAACCGUGUGCCUUCAGGAUCCGGUGGUUUGGAAGGCGUACCGGACAGCGGCCCUGGAGUGUGAGGCGUGUGGAGGGGGGACAACAGAGUGCUGAGUCAGCUAAAAUCACUCUGGGAACAAGUUAGCAUGCUAGGAUCCUGUCUAAUUAAUCUUAUAAAUUAAUGUAAUCUAAUUAAUAGUUUGUCUAUUUUUUAGAACACCUGGGGUUUGAUUCUGCUCAAAGUUUUCCUUGACACUGUUAGGAAAUAAACUGGUAAUUCUAACAAGGA